UCGCGGCGCCCUUUUCCCCCUCCCGCCGCCCCUCAGCGCGGCGCCGCCAUGGCGCUGGGAGCGGAGGCGGCCGCGGCUCCCCUCGGCGCCUUCCUGCGGGACUUCCCCGCUCCGCUGGGCCCGGGGGAGCCGCCGCCGUGGGGAGCGGCGGGGAGCGGCGCCCUGAGCCGGGCCGAGGUGCCGGGGGCGCUGGCCGAGCUGGCGAGGAGCCUCCUGGGCGGCAGAGGUUUUUCACCACUUCUUGCGGCAUCAUUGAUCCAUGCUGCAGUUGAUGAAGUUCUCCGAACAGACUUGACUGAAUUUAAGAAGCAAAGUGUGGAAACGGAGGGAGAAGGAGAUGAGGAAAGGUUCACCUUGCUGGAUGGAGAGUCACUGCAGCGCUGCUUCUUUAACAAGCUUCGGGAUGUCUGCUUUGAAUGGCAGAAGCAGUUGCCACCGCUGAGACCACUGAAGCGGUUCCUGCUUGUUUCCAUCCAUGCCAUCCGUAACAUUCGACGGAAAAUGGAGGACCGACAUGUUUUGCUCCCGGAGUUCAAUCAGCUCUUUGGUUUAUCAGAUGACAUCGAUCGCGCUUACUUUGCGGUAUUUGACGGCCAUGGUGGAGUGGAUGCUGCCAAUUAUUCAGCAACCCAUUUACAUGUAAAUGUUGGGCUACAUGAAGAGAUUGUUAAGAAUCCAGCAAAGGCCUUGAAAUGCGCUUUCCAGAAGACAGAUGAAAUGUUUCUUUUCAAAGCCAAAAGAGAGAGGCUGCGGAGUGGUACAACAGGUGUAUCUGCAUUGAUUGUAGGGAACAAGCUACACAUAGCAUGGCUAGGGGACUCGCAGGUAAUGCUUGUCCAGCAAGGAAAUGCCGUGACGUUAAUGGAACCUCACAAACCAGAGAGAGAAGAUGAGAGAGCACGUAUUGAGGCUCUGGGUGGCUGUGUAACCUAUAUGGACUGCUGGCGGGUUAAUGGUACCUUAGCUGUCUCCAGAGCAAUUGGUGAUGUGUGCCAGAAACCCUACAUCUCUGGUGAUGCAGAUGGAGAUUCGUUUGAGCUGACUGGUUCUGAAGAUUACUUGCUCCUAGCCUGUGAUGGAUUCUUUGAUGCUAUCAAGCCAUAUGAGGUUGUAGACUUGGUCCUAGAUCAUUUAAUGCAAACCAAAGGAGUGGGUCUCAAAGCAGCAGAAAGACUGGUGGCUGCUGCAAAGGAAAACGGAUCCAAUGACAACAUCACUGUUCUAGUGGUGUUCUUGAGGGAUCCACAGGACAUCUUGGCAGACUGUCUCAGAGACACUAAGAGCCUUGGGGCUGGUGAUGAUGCUCAGGGCUCACCUUUUAAUUUCCUCAGCUGUGAGGCAGCAGCCACACAGUGACAAAAUCCACCACAUUCAAAAAAGUUCAGUUAAGGAACUGCUUUCCACUGAAGAAGCCUCUAAUACAGUAGGCAAAACGUGUCAGGAAGAAAUGACAAAUGGACGAACACUUAACAAAAAGCCAAGACUCCUUUUACUGAGUUCCCAUUUGUCUUUUCCUUUUCUUCCCCUCCCUUCAAACACCACUGAGCAGACAUGGAGAUUUGUACAGCUAUUUUGUCACUGGGAGCAGAAUUGUAAAGUGUGUCCCAGGGCUGCCGGUCAUUUCCCUCUGCCCUGGAGGUGGUAAGAAACAUAUAUAUAUAAGCUAGUGGGUGAGAAUACCCAUUUGUGAAUUUUGAGUGAAAGUUUAAAUUAGUGCUUAAGAAGAAUACUAUAUGUUAUAUUUAAUUGUGAUGUUACUUUGGGAAUUGGGAGGAGAGAGGCUGUCACUAUCAAAGAAAAGCUUGUUACUGUGUGUGUGGUCUGUAGGAAUGGGCUUGGUGUGUGAGAGAACUGGGUGACCAGAAGUAGCACACUAUUGUGCUGUGUAAGUUGCUUCUGUUUUGUACCAAAGGUGAUGUUAAGAGAAUGAUGUGGCCUCUUUCUUCAGAGACAUUUAAUUUUGUGUAUAUGGAGAGGGGAAAAUAAAACUGAAUGCUCUAGAGAAAGAGCAAGAAAGCUAACUAGAAAUAUCCCAAGCAAGAAUGAUUAGAAAAUCAGCUGCUUUCAGGGAUGCUCUGGUUUGUAAACUGGAAUCCAACAUUUAACUGCACUGGAUUAUUUCUCUCUAACAAACACACUUUAUUAGCUAUCUGGCAACCUGAAAAGAAAGGACUGUUUUACAUGAGAGAGAUCCUUACAGUGUGUAUGCUCUAGCAGUUAAAUAUGCUCUGUUUCUGCCACUCCUUUUUUUGUGUGUAUGCGUACUAUAACAAAUGAGAAUUUUAUUUUAAUAUUAAGUGUUUAUUUGUUUACUGAACUUCAUGGUUGGAGGAAUUUUUUGCAGUGUUACUUUAUUUUGUUGUGGUUUUUAUUUAAAGUAGAAGUUUAAAGUGGCUGUAUCUUUAUUACCUGGUUUUAAAAACUGACUACCCUCAAGUGCCUUAAAUGUUUCACCCAAGGAUUGCUGGCUUCCUGUCAUCCUCUGGUGAGCCAACUUGUAGUGUUUUUAAAAUGUGACUUUUCUAUUUCAUUAAUAUUAAUGUGUAAUGCACUUAACUCUUUCACUUUUGUGAAUGAUUUUAGUGGGAACUAGGUUUCAAAAAAACAUCUCAUUCAUUGUUGCCAAGUUUCGUGGCUUAUAGUAAAAGCCUCACUAUGCUUACUGUGAUUUGACCCUGCCACAUGCAAGAAGCCCUAGCUAGUUGAUCAUAAAGUAACAAUCUGAUUUAUCACAAUUUUUAUUUUAAAAGACAUACACUUCCAACCUUCACAAGAAAAUUUAAUAACACAAACUAGAAACAUUUUAGUAAGAGUUUUUGAUUAAUACAUGGUUGAUUUGACCAUAUUUUGUAAAUUUUCAGGAUCUAAACUUUCUAAGGAGAUGUGAAUCUAAGGUAAGGACAAAAGAGUCUUAAUGAAUGUUUAUUUGUUUUGCAAUUGUUAGAUCCAUUACAUGCUAGAGCCCCUGGCUGUGUUUUAUCCUGCUUUGCUAGCCUGGCUAGCAGAACUCAACAAGAUCUGAAGGCUCAAUGGCAAAUGUGUUAGUAAUUUCUGCGUCUAAACAAGAAAUGUUUUACAUCUGGCAGCAAGAUUGUAUGCCUAAUUUAGAAGCACAUGGCAUUGCAAUAUGUCAGGCCCGUUGAUCACAAUGUGUUGAAACAUAGUGUUGCUUAGGGAGGUAGAAGAGUUGAGAUGACUAAACAAAGGCAAGAACAGCAGUGUGCUUUUGUCCAUACUGUCCCUGAACCGUUAGCUGGUGUGGGCAGUGCAGUUACCUGGGUGACUUGAGCCUUUUGCCAGAUUAUUGUGGGUGAUUUUACAGUUUAACACAGCGUCUCUUCUGUGAGCUACCAUCUCAUUGCAUAGCAACCCAGAUAAUGACUUUGUCGUUUUGCUGAACAUUUGCUUUUCCACUGAGAAGGUUGUAACCACUUUUCCAUCCUAGGUUUAGCUGUCCUAAAAUAUGUGGUGAAAGCUUUCUAUGAGGGUAACCUGGUAGGGUAGGUGUUAAUUUUUGUAGUGAACCUACUUCAGUUAAGGAAGCCUUCAGUCCUGCAUAAUCCUGAUUAAUCUCCCAUUGCUAUGAUUUGUAACCCAGAUAUUCAGAAUAGUGCUAAAUUCUGAUGACCACUAGUGCCUCUUGGUGUCUCGGAAAUAGAGUUCUCAUUGUUAGUAUAGUAAGAUUCAUACAGGAUUGUUUGAUUUCACAGCUAUCUGAGGUUUUCAGGAGAGGGGGAAGCUAUUGUAUUCAUGAAGGGAGCUAUGAAAUGUCAGUAAGUUCAUAGUAUAGUUUAGUUUCUGAAAUUUGCCAAGUUUCCUGAAGUAGGGAAGGAACUGAAAAAGUCAAAUGCUUUGUAAUAGGCCUUUUAUUUUAAUCUCUUUGGGCAUUUUUGCAAUACAGAAGAAACAGUCUUUCACUAAAGGCUUACAGCCGUGUGAGAAUGCCCUAUCAAAUUUGGAAAUAUUUUUUUAAAUGGGAGAAAAGUAAAACACCUUUACAAAGCUGCCUGUGGUAAUCAUUAACUUAAUUCUUAAUCUCAGAAUGCAGAAUUUCUCCUCUAAAGCAUAGAAGUUGUUUUCGUUCUGAAUAACCAAGUACAUCAUUUCUUUGAUCCUUGUGAGCAGGAGUAACCUUUGGAAAUGAGUACAGAUUUCAGAAGGGAUAUAAAAUAUUUCUCCAGUUUUCAGCGACUUCUUACUAGCUUUAAAAAGACUAGUCAGAUCUGUAGGAGAUGUAACCAGGUUGAAAGUAGCAGUUUGUAUCUUACCAGUGGAAUAAAUAAGUCUUAGCAUGUCAUCUGCAGUAAAAUUUGAUUUAAUGUACUGUUUGGGGAGGGAGAAUUGCUUUUGGAGAUACCUUAUCUGUUCUUGACAGUCUGAUCAAAAACUAUAGAUUUUUUUUUUUUUUAUAACUGAAAAAAUACUUCAAAGUUUUGACUUGUAAGUCAGUAAGGAAAGUACGAGAAAGGACACAACUACAGAUUUUGGAAGAGAGCUUUCAAAAUGUUAUUGAAAAUCGCAAUGGAUGGUCUUACCAUCCUUGGGUUGGCAUGAAAACUCCAAUAUUUGUUUCCCUUGUGACAUUAUUAUCGCUUUUAGUAGCUAGCAGCUAUAAUGCAUAAUCCUGUUAAAAGAAGCCUCACCAGCAUGGGUGGCGAGGAGACGGGUAAGAGCUCUAGCAGAAGACUAUGAAGUUGAACUAAAUAUUCCAAAAUAUGGAAUGGUGCUAUGUUUAGUAUUUUAGUUUAUUAAUUUGCAGUACUAAUCUGCUACGUUAGCUUUUCUUAUCACUCCUCUUAAAAUUUCCUGGAUUUCAGGUGUUGGGUGUUUUUUUUUUUUUUCUUCUGUUGUUUUCCUUCUCUCCCUUGGGUUUCAACAGUAUGUAGUUGUGGUGAGAGAAUGAUCUCAUCUCUCCAGGCCUUCCCAGCGUCAUCUACAGUAUAUUAAGACUUGUCUACCAGUGUUCAGUUGACUGAUUUGCCUGUCUCCUUGUUGUCUUUCUAAUGGGUGUGAGCCUUCAUCAAAACCAAUGCUUGAGCCUAGUCAAAAUGUAUGAGGCUGUAGAAGUUAGCAGAAGGAUUCAAGACAAAUGUUCAAUGAAAAAAUAUUUUCAUAUUUUACUAGACUUCAGUUGGAUGUCUGCUGCUGCACUUUAGCACCCAGCACCAGAAAAAUUACGUUUUGAAGAAGCCUGCAUCUUUGAAACACAGCAUUCUUAAAUUCUCACAUUGUGCUUGAUUGAAAACCAGCUUUAGUCAUGCUGCUUAGUGGGUAUACAAUGUAGUCCUUGUCGUUCUGGGUAAUUCAUAGUUCUUCCUUUCUUUCCUUCCCUGCUCCACCCCCUCCUGCAAAGAAAUAUGCCUAAGACAGUAAAGUCUUCAGGGUGUGACAUAGAUGAGAUUACAGUUUUACAGAUUGCUUUUGUUUUUGUUAUGUGUUUUUUUUUUUAAUAAUACAGAGGAUAGAAAGGCAGGAAAAAUUUUAGAACAGAGGGAGAUUAAGCAAAAUCCACCCUCUAAGUGAUGGAGGAGUGAAAGAGAGAGACAGGAGUGCAUUUAAGUAUUAUUAAUGCCUAUUUUAAAAAGGAAGUGGGCUGGAAAAUAGAGCUACAAAUGUCAGUUCUUUAGAGUGAAAUACCAGUGCUUGGAAGAAUUAGAAACACACCCAUUAAAAAGGCAGCACUCAGAUGCGGUAACUCUGUCUUCAGCCAGGGAAGAAAUCACAAUAAAAGCAUCCUAGGUGACUUACUCUGACCCCUCAGCACCGCCUUGGAUGUUAAUGCUACUAAAUGGAUUUUUUUUAAACAUCUUUACGUGGAAGGGAGUGCUAAGAGGGAGCAUUGGGUAUACGCAGUCACUGGUCACUAUGCAACUGCUGCCGUGAGCGAAUGCCAUGAAGUGUGUCAAUGAAUUGGUGCUGCUGGUAAGCUCUCACGGGAUGAGUAAUUGGGCACAGAGUAGUUACAUCAGAGCUGGCAGUUGAAUACUGUUAAUCACAGUGAUGACUUUAAUAGCAUUUAAUAGACACUUAUCUGAAUUCAGAGUCAGAUGAGAUAUUGCUCUUUUUAUAAGCAUUUCCAGUGCUAUUAGCUUUCUGUCACGAAAAGCCACUAAAAUUUCCAUUUUUUGUUGGAUGUUGGGAAAAGUGCUUCUCUUGCUUUCUGAAUUCUGGAGAUAAGUUGGCUGUCUGCAUUGGAGAGCCCAUUUUCAGCUGAUAGCUUAAAGCAGCUGUUUGGGGUUGAAACUUCCCUUCUAGCAGUCCUUUAAAAACAAGCAAAAAUGCGCUUCCAGAACAAGUGGCUGAGGAACAUAGGUGUUUCUAAAUGGCAUUGCACAAAAAGCCGUAGCUUUAAGGAAGCAGCAAAUACCCUCAAUAUGUAAAGGAGAGAAUCAGUUAAUUGAGGUGCUUAAAGCCUAAAUUAAGAUUGCAGCUCCACUCUUUGUAUGAUUACUUGGGCUCUCGUGGAUGCAGACACCUAAUGCAUAGCACCAGACGCGGUAAUUUCUGUUGUUAGAGUACUGGAGAAUCAAGCAAACGCUUUAGGGAGAAGGUGGGGGGAAUGUUAGCCACAACAGAGCAGAUUGCAGAUGAUUCAUGUGUAAUUUAUCUCUAGUUCAGCCUGAAUUAAAUUUCCAUACUUAGUUCUCUUACUGUCCCUUUUACAGUUGGGCUUGUGCUGUCAGACUAAAUCCUCCUGGGAGGUAAUGGUCUGCUCACCUUUUUUGAGGAGCAAACAACUGAUGGCUCGAAUGUCUUUCAGGAAAGGUUGGAGAAAAAAGUUUUCAAAUGAGUGUAAAACUUCCUAAUCUAUGCAAAGUUGCGUGUUCUCUCUAAAGGCAGGUAUAGCAUGGUUGCAGUUGUGCUGGAAGGGGAUUGGUUUUCUGCCAAGCCCGUCAUAACCUGUACAACUGAGAGCACCAAGCCACGAGGCUGGUCCUCCCUGCUUUCCUGACUCCUGCCACUAAAGCAGUCAGCCCUGCUGAGUAUUUGUUUUCUAGUGGUGACAGCUCUAAGAGCUAAGCCUGUCAUUUUUUUGCAUGCGUUUUGUUUGGUUUUAAUAUAUUUAAUGGAUUUCUCUUUAAAGUUACUUUGAUUGAUUUCAGUCAUGUCAGCUGAAAAGUAAUCAAAUGGAGGGAGACAUGAGGGAGCGAAUCUGCACACAUAUCUGUCAUAGACACUUCUUAAAAUACCCUAAAAUAACGAUAGGCUCUUGUCAUAACCUUAUCUCUACAAAUAGAACAGGAAGCCAAAACCUUUUGAGAGAGAAUCACUUAAACCUUAAUUUUGACGUGACCCGCCAGAGCCGGAGCAGGCAUGAGCCCUCCCCGCAAGCUGUUCAGUGCUGCCAGUUAAUGUGUUUUCCAAGCUGUGCAUGCUGCUGCUGGUGCACACAAAAAUAAACAAAAGACAGCUGUGUUGGCAGCACAGAAAUUUAGCAAGACGCAGCUUUUGUCAACUAGGAGAGGACAAAAUCAAUAGGGAAAGAAAUGUUUUCAAGCUUCUUGGAAUGCAAACAAUGGAAUAAAAAAAAUGCAACAUAGAAGAGUUGGCAGUGUGCUGUCAGCUUAAAACCACUGUUUUAAGCAAAUAAAUUUGGCUGCUUUGUAAUGUUUGCUCUGUUUUGUUAACAAACUCCUCUCAGUCAGGGUUUCAUGUCUUGUUGAUACGUGCUUUUUAGUCUGAAGAGAGAAGAUACAUUCAGCUCCUUAGAAAGUUAAAUUUAUGUGGGUUUUGUGACUACUCCAGUUGAGAGGUAAUUCUGUAAUCAUACUCUUAACUAUUAACCUGAUUACUAAUUCUCAGGAGAUACUCAUAUAUCAAGUACUGAACUUACAGAUGACUAAGUGGUUCUGGAUACCCAUGCAUAAGAACGUCAGUCUUCCCUAAUCUAGUUGAUCACUUCUUGGUUUGUUAGCAUUUGUGUGGCAGUACCUUUCGCACAUGAAGGGUUUGUCACCUCGGCAGAUGGACCUGGAAGGUUGGAUGAUCACUCCCUGAAGGAAGUACUUAUCCUUUUAUCUAAGGAAUUAUUUUUUGGGUAUCUAAGGCUAAAGAGAUAAUAGCUAGGAAACUAGGGAGGUCUUAGAGGGACCUUCUCAGGACAAUUAGAUGCUGUGGCUUCUCUUUUCAUGUUGUCCUUUCUAACUUUGUUAAAAGGCAUUCUGCUUAAUACUGGAUGAUUAAUACUACUGUCUUUUUUUUUUUCUUCAGUGUGUUUGAAGGAAUGUCAUGUUUAGUAGUAGCCAGUUGUUAGUUUUGUUGAGGCUUAAAACUUUACAACUUUUUUUUUUUUGCCAGUAUAGCAUUUCUUACAUCCUCUUCUUAAAGUCAGUCCUGCUCUCUCUCCUCCUCCUUCUCUUCCCAAUUUUCUUUUUCUUCUACGUUUUAUGGCCUUUUACACUGUCAGCCUCCCUCUCCUACCCCUGCGCCCCCCCCCCCCCCCCCCAAAAUAAAAUAAAAAAAUCACUGCAGUAAACCCUGAUGGCUGUUAAGUCGGUUUAGUUGCCUCUGUAUAAUUUCAUCUCUGUUAAUUUCAUCUGUGUUCAUACUGAAGUAGUCUGAUCUUUGGAGGCCUACGACACCAAGAGCGUAGAGAGUACCAGGUCAGCUAGGAAGGUAAGAGACUAGAGCAACUGUUCUAUUAUUGGCAUAGCCCAGUAUUGGAUGGUUAAGAAGAAAAUCCUGUUACUUGCAUGCUAUUACAUAGGAGUACUUGAGCUUUGUUCAGGUAAGAGUAGCUCUCACUGUGGAUACAGGACUUGAGAAGUAUUCUUGUCUCUAUUUUCUUGUUCCUGCAGACCGUCUGUGCUUUCAAACAUUUGCACUGUUUGCUGGGGGGGCGGGAGGGGGAAGCUUUCCAAGUUUCUUCAGUGCUUCAUUUCUCUCUUUCCUGUGCUAGUUGAACAGACAGGCUGCAGCACACCGCGUGGCUAAGCAGCCUCUCAGCCGGUGUACCUCUUCAGUGUCUGCUCUGUGUAACAACUUCAGUCCUUUGCUUGUUUAGUGGUAAGUUAGACUUCUGUAACUACUCCUGCUGACAUAAAAAUGUGUCCUUAUCAGUAUUAAAAUAGUCUAAGAGCAGAACUGUUGCUUUAGGCACAUUUCUUGCCACUGUGUUGGCUGAUGAACCUUGAAUGAAAGUAAGAAUGGCCAGUGACUUUGAAGUAGGAGCUGUUAGCCAAGUGUUGUAGAACUGUAGUCUUUAUUUAUUUUGUAUGUUAAUCUGCACUUGUGACUCUGAGCAGAAAAGCUGCAACACAGCAGGUUUUAUAAGCUGUGGCUUAACCAGUUUCUAGUAUCUUAAAAGUCUUAUUUAAACUGACUGGUUCUGAGCACAGCUCAGAAACCUGUUGUCAUUGAUCAUUACAUGCUAUGCAUAUUGUAUGUUCAUUUAUAUGGAUUGUUCUAAUAGUGCUUGUGUGUAUUAUCCUACAUCGCCAUAUUAUAUAUAUAUAUGUAUGUAUGUAUUGCAUGAGGUUUAAUUUUUUUUGUAUCGUCACUUUUGUAUUCACACGGUGCCUCAUGUAUCUAUUUGCAUAUUGCAAGAAAUUGUUUUAAAGCAGUGAUUGGAAACAAGUGGGGAUAAGAAUUCUUCACUGUAGGAUCUGAUGUUUCCGAAGUAUUAAUAAAGCAUAGUGAUUUGAA